GGUGAGGCACAUCAGGUUGGGGCCCCCAGGGUGUUCGCUACCAUCCAUUUUUCAGUCCUCUUCACGUCAGGAUCGAUCACAGACGAUCAUGCUCGCCCUACACGGCUUCCUCGCGACCUGUCUCGUCACCAUCGCGAUUCCUCCCGCACUGGCCAAGGCGGUCUACGAUCAGCGACAGACCGGCGAUGUGAACGUGCAGAUUGACCUGAAGGACCUGCAGGUGAUUGCGCUGGUCAACUCCGAGCUUCUGGACGAUUAUACGGAUUACGAUUACUUAUAUGAUUACGCCGACUUUACCAUCAAGCCACCGGGAAACAGGCCUAUCGCGAGUUCCACGACGGAGAAAAAUGAUGUCACGCAAGUUUCCGAGCCGCUGCCGUCACAAAAUUCAACCGUCUCGGAGUCUGUCAAUAAUUCAAGCCCGACCACGAGCGACAUAACGCUAUCCGAAGGAGCCCCGAAUGCUAAUCCAUCGAAUGGUACCGAGAACGACAAGACGCCGUCCAAAGACGAAGAGAUCCCGAACGCUGAUUCGUUGAUUGGUACCACGAGCUCGACGCCGAAUGCGGAUAACGAUGACGAUAAGAGUCAACAGGAAGCUGGAGCCGGAACACCUUCGACCACGGUGAAAUCCGCGCACGCCGUGCGGUCGCAAAAGCGCUGCAAAUUUGGAUAUGUUCCGAACGGCAACGGUCGCUGUCGAUCGUGGUUGAAUCGCUUGUUGCCGUGAGUACGACCGAAUGUCCCACUCUGAUCGAUCGGUCCUCCCUCGAUCGACCGGAUUCAGACGGCAAAAACUAGGAGGAGUAAAUUUAAAAACAAGUGUCCUUUGAAGGUGUGCCAUAUAUGCAUCGAAUUUACGCCAUGUUUGCCUUCACAUCGUGAAACAAUCCCAUUUGCAUUUUUAUAAUACGAUAAUUAUCUCCGAGUACUUGACGCGCUUCCUUAUUUUGUUUUACAGUUCCGGACAAAAGAAUUUUCCUAAAAGAGGUAAUACAUGAUUAAAGUAUACUCACAGAACGCAAGCGCACGCAUAUUCUUAUAUAAACGUAUUUUUUUUAGCUGAACUUUUUACACGAUUCAUCCUCUCUUUUUUUUUUCUCUAACGUAGAAAGAAAAGAAGUUCAGCUAAAAAGACCUCUCUUAUCUCGUGCAAGCUUGUAUUUUUUCCUCCGUUCAUUUUAACUCUUGAUUCUUCUUAUCAUCAGCUCGAGGUUUCUGCUUAAACGUUUGUUUUUAACUCGUAAUUAGCUGCGUCGUUGAAAUCCGCGAUGGUCCAUAACGAUAUCGAUGUACAGGCGAUCGGUAUCGUUCCCACGCCAAUCGACGUGGCGAUGUGUCCUAUAAGUAAUCCUAUGGUGAGAUGGAUCCCC